UCGCACUAUAAGUGUGGGGACACCUUUACCUUUUUAAAGUUCCACAUACAAGAUCAUGUCUUUAUAUUCCAUGUCAAUGACGGUGACUUCUCUUAUCAUUCCAUUUCUAUACACAAACAUGUACUGACACUCCACCCCCUUUGCAACCACGUCCGAAGGUAAAGCUCUAUUAAGUGACAUUUAUGAUGUGCCAGUCGUUGUCACCCAUCUCCCCUCCAAGCCCACAUGCACAGGAACACACCCUGUUUGCUGCUGUUGCUCCUACCCCCAGCUAUCCCCACCGUUCCUCCUGCAGAGACCCUCCUCCCUCUUUGCAGAUCCAGCCCUCCCCCUUCAAGAUUAAAGACACCAGCAGCCAGUCCUCUUCCAUCCCAGCCAAUCCUCUGCAUCAUCAGAUGAUGUCAUCUCCAACAGCUGGCCAAUGGUGGAGCCUCCAGCUGGGAGCAUCUUUGCUGCAAGACAGGAGGGCCUGCGAGUGAGAGAGCCAGCUGCUGGGAAAACUGGGGAGGGGGGCAGGGAGUGGAGCGUCUUUGUUUCUCCCCUUUGAGGCAGCGAUCCUGGUGUUUUGGGAUCCAACUGGGCCUCUCCUUAGGCACGGCUGGCUUUGGGAUUGCACAUUAUCCACAGUAUUCCUGCUCCACUUUCAUGGGUCCUCCUCAUCCAUCCUCAUUUCUCACUACCCAAAAGAUUGAUCUUCCUCAGAUUCUUUAAAGAAGAUACUUUGCCCAUUCUCUGACUCUGCAGAGCAAGAUGUGCUGAACUGGACUGCAGCUACUCCAACUAGGAAAACACAGGAUCCAAGGGUAGACACAAGUCAGGGAAUGGCAAGCUUCCACACCUGCUCAUUUUGAGUGCUCAAAACAACAAGACACCCUAGUUUUCUGCAUGCCUGCCUGCCUGCCAACAUGUCAACUAUCAGUCCUGAAUAUGAUUAUUUGUUUAAGCUGCUGCUGAUUGGAGAUUCUGGAGUUGGCAAGUCCUGUCUCCUGCUCCGUUUUGCGGAUGAUACCUACACAGACAGUUACAUCAGCACCAUUGGUGUCGACUUCAAAAUCCGGACAAUAGAGUUGGAGGGAAGGACCAUUAAGCUGCAAAUUUGGGACACUGCCGGGCAGGAGCGCUUCCGAACAAUCACGUCCAGUUAUUAUCGAGGAGCACAUGGCAUCAUCAUUGUGUACGAUGUGACAGAUCAGGAUUCCUUCAACAACAUGCAUCUCUGGAUGGAGGAGAUCAACCGCUAUGCCAGUGAGAAUGUCAACAAGUUGAUUGUGGGAAACAAGAGCGACCUCACAAGCAAGAAAGCAGUGGAUUACACUACAGCCAAGGAAUAUGCAGACUCCCUCGAGGUGCCCUUCCUAGAGACAAGUGCUAAAAACGCCACCAAUGUCGAACAGGCCUUCCUCACCAUGGCAGCAGAGAUCAAGAACCGUGUCAGCAGCGGCCCCACCCAGAAUGACAGCCAUAAGUCCAAUCUCCACAUCCAGAGUGGCCCCUUGAGGCAAGAAGGACCAGGCCAGGGAGAAGAUGGAGGGGGAGGAUGCUGCUAAGAAAUAAGCCACCCAGCAAGUCAAGGAGUGGAAGGUUCAAGGAACGCACAAGAGGAAGGGAAUGUUAAGAGGGCCCUGGGCCUCCAUAAUGGCCACAGGCAACUGGAGCCUCCCAACAUAUCUUGAUAAGACUUGGGAUGCACAAGGGAACUUCUGUUGACAAGGCAGCCUUGGCCAAUCCAUGUUUGCUUCAUCCCAUUUCCCUGACUUUGGAGCUGUAAUACCUGGUCCUAUUUAGCUGUCACCUCCUGACCUGCUACACCAACCCCUCUUCCCACCACACACAAACACACCCCUAGCCCAACUUCCUGCUCCUGUCAAAGCUCCUCUCAGAGUCAGCUCAAUGGAACAUGGAAUCUACCAACGGGUCAUGCUGCAUCGUACAGAAAAUCAAAGGUUGCAAAGGGGGGGGGAGACUUCUCAGCCAGAUUCAUUCACCUAGAAUUACUAUCAUCUCCUGGCUCUGCCUUCACACACACCAGAAUGGGUUUUGAAAUGGACACAUCCACCAUGCUGACCUUCAAGCUGGUUACUUCUUUUAACAUUUUACCCUCAAGGGCUGUACUGUCAAUUGCCCUUUCUUUAAAUGAACAGGGUGGUGUGUAUUCUCUUCAUCCAACAUACUUAAUCGGUAGGUACCAAGUGACAAAUUAAGUGUUUGAAAACUCUUCCAAAAUUGAGAAGAAGCCUCUAGCCCUCGUGGGUGUAAAACACAUCUGCUGAAGGCUCCAAAACGUAGGAGCCCCACAAAUCUGCUGACCCAUGUAAUCCUCAUUUCUAUACCCUUGCGCUAAUUCCGAGGCUCUCUUCCCCACCAUCACCACCGCUGGCAGCAAUGCCAACAGGAAGACUUUGUUCAUCACGGCCCCCUCUCCCUUUGUCAAUAAGAUUACUGGGCCUGAGAGCUACUAAAACCAACGGCCCAAAAGAACAGUACAAGAAACACACGGUGGACGCAGGGGAGGACCCUGAAGAAAAUCAGCCGGCCACCAUCUUUGCAGGGAACACAACCAGGAGCUACGUGAUGCCAUCAAUCCCCCCCAUAUUCUUAAAACAGAAAGCUUUUUUUUAAAAAAAAGACCGCAACAGCAUCCCCCUAUAAAUCUGUUAAAAAAAAAAAACACUUAGAGAACAACUAUGGUCAAAAAUACGCUGAAACAAAUUUCUCUCCUUCCUUGGGUUCUUCCCCACUACCCAAAUCGAAAUAUCUUUUAAAAGCUUGACUUUGUUUACCAGCGUAAAACUAAGCAUAUGCACCCACGUUUAUAACUGUGGCAGUUUAUGUGAAGAACGUUAAUUUCUACAGAACUUGGAUGGGCUGGUGGUAUGAAACAGGGCAGUUCAGAGGCAAGGUUUUUGUGUGUUUCUGGACUAUGUCAAAACAUCUUGUAAAAGCUGAUAGCAGCGCUGGAUGCAAUUUGUCUGAUUUAGAGCUUGACAGGGCGCAGAUUAAACGGAAAGCAGUUCACUGAUUAAGUGGAGUGGUCCUUCUGUACUCUCUCAGGGUAGUGGGAAAUAGAAGGUUGAUUUCCAAGUGCAGAGCCUCUGAGCUUAGCCCCAGUAGAGGUCACAAUGGCAUGCUACCACUGUGACUAAUAGCCACGGAUAAAUGCUGGGAGCAAGGGAGGCCAGAGGCAGGUGGGAGGGUGUUGCAGGGGGGGAUCAAAAGCCCACCAGGCACCUACACUAGUGUUUAUAAGGGCCUUUCCAGACUGGUGUUUUAUUGCAGGUAUAUUCUUCAACACAUUCUUUACACAAUAAUAGUACAUUUAUGUUGCUUUAGUUGGUUCUGCAAUGCUUCCCCAGUGCCAGCACAUUACUGCUGUCCAGAGCAGUCAUAGCACAACAAAAGCGGAAGAAAAAUAAACCCAAACACUUGUGCUAUAAAAACGUUACGGGAUUUCGACAGCGAGUUACAGGAUAUGUACUACUGACCAGAAGUGAAGCAGUAUGACCACCACAAAUCUUCUGCAGAUGCAAACCGUAUUGAAAGCGGGAUCGUGUGUGACUGCUCUGAUAGCAUUAGGAGCACAAAUCUUCAUGAACGCGCAACAAAAAGGAUGUCUGGAUGAGCCCCUAAGGAAAAGACCUGUUUAAUUUCCCAGUCUU